UCAUAAAUGUGUGGACGACAGACAAUGAUUCUUCCCGAAUAAGAAACCAUUGCCCCCAAACUCAUCAACUCACUUCCACUUCCAACAGAAACUUCACCAAUGGCUGCUUUCAACACAUUCAAGCUAUCACUUGUCUUGAGUCUGCUCUCGAACAUUGGUCUGUUGCCAGAAACCAGCAAGAACACUGUUGGGAUAUUCCCACCAACAUGCAACCGCAUAGAGUGCCCGAGUUUUGAUUUGAUUCAAGUUGGCAAUGGCUAUGAGAUCCGUAGAUACAAUUCCACCGUCUGGAUGUCGACUUCUCCGAUUCAGGAUAUUUCUCUUGUUGAUGCCACCAGGACAGGCUUUCUUCAGCUAUUUAACUACAUUCAAGGAAAGAACAAAUAUGAGCAACAGGUAGAAAUGACAGCUCCAGUGUUAACUGAAGUUCUACCAAGUGAUGGACCCUUCUGCGAGUCAUCAUUCACCGUCAGCUUUUAUGUCCCAAAGGUGAACCAGGCAAACCCGCCACCAGCCGAAGGCCUCCAUGUCCAAAGAUGGAAAUCCACGUAUGUAGCAGUAAGGCAAUUCAGUGGAUUUGUAACAGACUAUAAUGUUGCAGAGGAGGCUGCUGCCUUGCAAGCCAGUCUUGAAGGCACUGCCUGGUCUGCUGCCAUUGAGAAGACUCUGAAAGCUAAUGCCACUUCAGUCUACACAGUCGCACAGUACAACUCUCCUUUCGAAUUUAAUGACAGGGUGAAUGAGAUUUGGAUGUUGUUUGACAUGGAAGAUGAAUUCCUGCUGGUUUAAGUUGAAAGUUGGAGGAAAAUAACUUGGCUAAUCUUAGAACUACAAGUUACAGUGCUCCUGAGAAUGGUAUGUUUAGAGGAACUGAGUAUAUAUUCUAAGUCUCUGAACUUUGUCUGAGAUGAGAAACAGAGGGUCAAGUAUCUUGUAUGUAACAUGUAGCAUUGAAUAAGAAAUGGUUUUAACUGCGAAAGCUUUGAUCAAUAAAAUCUGGCUCUCAUCUUAUACUGAA